UUUCAGGUUUCCUUCAGGUAACCUGGCUUCUAAUAGCAAACCAAGUGAGUUUGUUUAAAAUCCGGUGAUAGGAAAGGCUUUGAGGUUGGGAAUUAUAUUCUAUUUAUCCUUUCUGGAUAUAUUGCAGCUCACUCAGAUUACUGUGGAAGCAUGAAUAUAAAGGAGUUUUACAGAGAGGAUAGCCAUCUUGGUGUAAAUGAGGAAUCAAUAUGUGAUGACUGUAAGGGGAAGAAACAACUUGAAAUACACACCACAGAGCACAUGCAAUCCUCCAGGGCUAAAAGGGUAGCAAGGACCAUUUCGCACAUCUUUUCUUACGCAGGUUACUUUGUGCUGCACGUGUUGCGAACAGUGGGAGCAGCUGGAUGGUUUGUGUCCCAGAAGGUGUUGUCUCUACUUUGGCUGGCCCUUCUUUCCCCAGGGAGAGCAGCUUCUGGCAUCUUCAGGUUGCUUAGAGCUGGCUGGAGUCAACUUCUUACUCUGAUGUCUUUGCUGAAGGUGUUUAUUCUUAGAAAAUGCCUUCCAAAGAUUUCCAGGCUGUUGCUGUUUCUCAUCCCACUGCUGUUUCUACUAGGUUUAUGGUUCUGGGGGUUUGACGGCUUCAUUGCACUGUUGCCUCUGUUGAACCGGACAAGAAUUGAUAAAGUCCAGAGCACAGAUGAUUCUAUUUAUGUUCCUCGUCCACAGCCUGAUUCUCCUCGUUCUGUACAGCCUGCAAAGGAUACCAUAAAUACAUUUGAUUCUGCUCGUAUAAAUGAGCUGGAAAAGCAGAUGGCCUUCGUGUCUGACAGAUGCCAUCAUCAUGACGAAGAAUACAGCAAAGUGCUGCUGCUUGUCCAUAAUCUUCAAGAUCAGGUUGCCCAGAUGGGUGACAGAAAUGAGAUCUUGAAGCUAAUAAGAAAUGUGAUGGAUCAACAUCUUAAAGAUAAGAGACUGGAGGAAAAGACUGACUUCCUGGCUUUACAUCAAGAGCACAACUUGCGCAUUGUAACAUUGGAAGAUCUUCUUAGAAAACUCUCUGCUGAAUUUAAGGACAUUCAGAAGGAACUUGAAGUAGCCAAAGCAAAAGCAAUAAGAGAUGGUGAUGAACAAAAUCAACUCUUAUCCAGAGUUAAAAAGCUGGAACUGGAGUUGUCUCAAAUGAAAUCAGAGCUGUUAACUGGAGGAAGUGUGAAGACGAGUUGUGAGAAAAUAGAUGUUAUUCAUGAAAAAGUAGAUGCCCAGGUUAAAGAAUCUGUCAAGAUGAUGGUUUUUGGUGAUCAGCACAAGGACUUUCCUGAAUCGCUUCUCCAGUGGCUUACAUCCAAUUUUGUGACCAGAAGUGAUCUGCAAACUUUGCUGCAGGAUCUGGAGUUGCAAAUUCUCAAGAAUAUUACUCUACAGAUGGCUGUAACAGACCAAAGAAUAACAUCUGAAGUAGUAACAAAUGCUGUGAAUAACGCAGGGAUUUCUGGAAUCACAGAAGCACAAGCACAGAUCAUUGUAAACAAUGCGUUGAAGCUGUACUCUCAAGACAAGACUGGUAUGGUGGAUUUUGCCUUAGAAUCUGGAGGUGGCAGCAUUUUAAGUACUCGCUGUUCUGAAACCUAUGAGACAAAAACAGCGUUAAUUAGCCUCUUUGGAAUUCCUCUGUGGUACUUCUCUCAGUCUCCCAGAGUGGUUAUUCAGCCGGACAUGUAUCCAGGAAACUGCUGGGCUUUCAAGGGAUCAGAGGGAUAUCUUGUAGUUAGACUUUCCAUGAAGAUCUAUCCUACUGCCUUCUCAUUGGAACACAUACCAAAAACUCUUUCACCAUCAGGAAAUAUCACCAGUGCUCCUAGGAAGUUUUCAGUAUAUGGCUUAGAUGAUGAAUAUCAAGAGGAGGGCACGUUUCUGGGACAGUAUGUCUAUGACCAAGAAGGGGAGCCGCUGCAGAUGUUUACAGUGGAGAAAAGUGAAAACGUAUUCCAGAUAGUGGAACUGAGAAUUCUUUCUAACUGGGGACAUGCAGAGUAUACUUGUCUCUAUCGGUUCAGAGUGCAUGGGAAACCUGCUGAAUAAUCCCCUACACUACAGCUUGGGUUGCUUUGUUGUACAUUUUGUUUCCAAUCUGUAUAUACUGGACAGCCUACAACACUGGAAUCUUUAAAGGACGAGGAUGCAAGAUAUAUUCUACAGAGUUACCAAUCCUCUGAUAAAGGCAGAAGACUGUCAGCAGAACUGUAUAAAAUAAAGCUCAUUUGCUCUAAUGCUCGGCUUGUAAUUGCCAGUUAGCUUUAUAUUUUUGUGUCCAUGCUGAGAGAAGUAAUGCAUGCAAACGACUCUGGUUCAUAAAGCCCAGUUAGCAAUCAGGUGAUACCUAUUUUAUUACAAAUGAAUGUAUGUGUUUUUUUGCUUUUUUUUUUUUAAGAAUAAACCACACUUUCUGCAACUAGGAUUUUUUCUUUUAAUUCAGGGCUCAACUGCAUAUUUGUUAGCUUAGCACUGCAAGCCAAAUAAUGUCAUGGAGUUUAAACAGCCUGUGGCUACAGGUGUCCUUCAGUUGACUUUGUUUUGACCUGCUGGGGGAUCCUAAAGGGCUUCUUCAAUAAAUGUUGACUAUAAUAAAUAUCGCUGUCAGGGAAAGUUAACACAACCAAAAUUAAUUUAAACACCAGCGCCUGAGAAUGCUUUACUGUAACUUGUGGCCAUGGGUUGCUUUAAAAUUCAGGGAUAACUUCAAGUUAUUUUAAGGAUUUUUACCAUGGCAACUUGAUGAGCUUGUUUAAUUGCUGUAUGUGAAUGUUUACUACGCAGUUUAACAGUUUUCUCAGCUCUUCUCACUUAGUACAGGCUGAUUUGGAACUUAACCCUAGGGAAGAGCUAUCUUAACACUUCAGAAAUUCUCUCCUUGGGACAAUAAUUCCUUACAUUUCGUGGUCGGUAAACGUUGUACUGCAAUAACGCAGCACAGGGAAAAUGGGGCUGUGAAGUUUCAUCAGUACAAAGUAAUGGUGUCCAGGAUGUGGGCACGCAUCAACCCCAAAGCUUUGUGCACAGCACGAGCUGAGGCUGCUCUGGGGACCCCCUUCAGCAUCACUACUUCUAAAGAUCCUUUUCAGAAAAAACUCCUACAUGCACUUGGUGUGCAGAACUUGUAUCUUGUUGUUCCCAUGCAUUUUAUGACCUGUGAACUGUUAACACAUGGAGCUGCUGACUGGUUUUCUGAAUAGAGUUCUGUAUGUUGCACAACAGUCCUCUGAUGUUUCAACACAGUCUCUGCAUGGAGAACUCUUCCCUUGUGCCGGAGCCCACGGCCCAUGCAGAGGAGCUGCAUUGUAUGUACAGGUGUUUUAAUAUGUUACAUAUUUAAACUAGAAUUAUCCUGUGUAAAUUGGAAUUGGGUAGUGGGAGUAUUUUGAAUAACACUAACUUAUUUUUUAAAGAAGCGAGAUAGGACUUUGUGCAAUGUAUUUUUGUAAAUGCUUUUCAAAUCGUCUGUUCUUCGCUGCCUCCAAACUGACGCGAUGCUAUCGAAAUGUUUAAAUAAAGAGUUUUAAUUUUUUCAAA